GGAGCCGCUUUAAGGGCUAGAGUCCCUCAGUCCAGCGGGUGUUGGGCAGAGAGUCGGCAGGUGCUUAGCGGCCAUGGCGCUGAACAGGAACCAUGUGGAGGGAGGCGGCGUCAUCGUCAAUAACAGCGAAAGCAUCUUGAUGAAUUACGAGCACAUUGAAAUGACAUUCCAUGAUAUGGAACAUAUACCAGAUGCUUUCAAAGGGACCAAGAAAGGCAGUGUCUUCAUGACUCCAUAUCGAGUUAUUUUUGUAUCUAAGGGAAAAGAUCCAAUGCAGUCUUUCAUGAUGCCCUUUUAUUUAAUGAAAGAAUGUGAAAUUAAGCAACCUGUGUUUGGAGCAAAUUACAUCAAGGGUAUAGUAAAAGCAGAGGCAGGAGGUGGUUGGGAAGGAUCUGCAACAUUCAAAAUGACAUUCUCAGCUGGAGGUGCCAUUGAAUUUGGACAGCGUAUGUUGCAAGUAGCAUCUCAAGCUUCAAGAGGAGAGGUUCCAAAUGGAGCCUAUGGUUACUCAUACAUGCCAAAUGGGGGCUAUGCCUUUCCACCACUUGCUACCAAUGGGAUGUAUCCUCCUCCUCCUCCUUCAGGAUACCCUUACCCACCACCACCUCCUGAAUUAUAUCCUGGUCCACCAAUGGAUGGUGCUAUGGGGUACAUGCAGCUUCCACCUCCUCCCUAUCCUGGGCCUAUGGAACCACCUGCUGCUGGCCCAGAUCUUCCCACCACUCCAGCAGCGGAAGCUAAGGCUGCAGAAGCUGCUGCAAGUGCUUAUUAUAACCCAGGCAACCCUCAUAAUGUCUACAUGCCCAUGGACCAGCCUCCUCCACCUCCUUACUUUCCUCCAGAGGACAAGAAAACCCAGUAGAGGAACCAUCGUCACAUGUUGCAUCCUUAUUGCCAUAUGGCUCAAUAUUGAUUAGGGAUAUGACAGUGGUAAGAGCCACCUUGUCUCCCCCCAGUACAUGUAUCUCUCAUGGACAGAAAUGGUAGAUACAUGUGCCAGUAGGAAAGCAUUUCUAACAUUUUCCUGGAUUGGCAGUGCAUAGACACUUAAUAUAUUGUUCUCCUCUGUAUGACAUAAUGAAGAAAUUUUUUUCCCAUCCCACAUUUUAAUUGUCCCGGGGAACAUUCUUUUUUGAAUAAAGACUACUUCAGCUGAAACUUAUCAACAACUAUUGAAUUUGGUAGGUGUUGAUAUUUUAGGUGAUGUCCAGCGCUUACACAGUGAAGCUUCAGAAGAAAAUUAACUCUAUGAUCUUUUGAUCGAUUCUUGGUUGCAUGAACCCUGCCAUUCUAUGACCAAGGAAACGCACUGAUCUUCUGACAGAUUUAAUGGCAUGUACUAGACAUUUGGUUCUACUUCGACAAUGGAAUUUUCUGCCAUUUAUUCCACAAGAUGCAUGUAUGGUGGCACAAAUGCCUCACAUUACGGACAUUCUUGCCUAUUCCCUUAAUACCUUGGCUCUUUAGGUUUUACGUUAACAAAGUGAUGGCUUCUUAGUUCUAUCCAGGAAACCUCCAUAGUUAACAGGGUAGUUGAUUUUACCAAAUGGUUGAUCAUCCUAGUAGCUGAUACAGUUUCUAAAAAGAAGAUACUCAUAUGUAAACAUAUUUACGUGUUUAGUUUAUUUCUUGCAUAGAUUUUAUUCCUUUAAUUUUGAGUGUAUUGCAACUUGAAGCAACAGAUUUCUUUUUUAUGGUGUUCAGCCAUCACUCUCUACGUGUGGUAAACAUCAGGAUUAUCUUUUAAUCCAGUAACUCUUUGGUUUAACUUGACAAAUUCAAAGGCUGUGUUAAAAAAAGUCAGAGCUUUGUAGGGUUUUCCAUAUUUCCUGUUUCCUCAAGUACAAUUCUUAUCAGUAAAAUGCCAUACACAAAUCACAAUGACACAAUUUUUUUUCUAGGAACAAAAUAUUGGGGGGUAUAAGGCAGGGUUUUAGGAAUUUUCUAUGGCAGUAGCUCUUUAGACAUAUGGCUUCCAAAGAUUUUGGAAACUUUUAUCAGAACACUUGAAAUCCAAGUGCUGGCAUCCCCUCAUGUGUCUAAAUCAGUGAAAAUCUACUCUUCAUUCUUUAACCUUGCAUCUGAUUUACUACUGAAAUGAAAUGGAUAUAGAACUAUUAUAAAACCAUAUUUCCCUACUGUUUGUGAUAAUAAAAGUACUCGAAAUUGCCAUUUUCAGUACUGCCAAUACAAAAAAACUUGGACCUCCUUUCGCUGUUACUUCCAGGUUCCAGGUAGUGUUUGAAGCAACACCAGUUAAUUCCAGCUUUGGGCGCAUGACUGCACUCUCCCACUCAGCAGUAGAUACCGCCUGCUUCCUGACAUUUGCUGCAGAUUUGUCCUGAGGCAAAACACAGCAUCCAGUAACAACGGGCAGAACAGGAUAGUUUUUCUGCAUGCUUCUACAGUGCUUGGUUUUUGCUUCCCUGACUUAGCAAAGUAUUUCACUAUUACUGAAAUUUGUGAAAUUCAAGAGAUGAACAAACAGACUUAUUUAUGUCCCUGUUUGCAUUAUUCUAAGCACUUUGCUACACAGCUGUAAAACUGAGACAGCCACCUCAGUUCAGUGUGGAAGUACUGUAGCAUGCAAAUUCAGUUCAGAUGCUUUUUCAGCGAAAGUGUUGCAGAGCACUUUCCAGCAAAAGUUGAAACACCAUCUAACUAAUAACUCUAAGUCUGCAGACAGACUGGCAUACUUUGUCUUUAGUAUGGUUUUUCAAAUGGUUUCUAGCUGAACUAUAAUAUAUAUUCUAAAAAAAGCCAUGCAUUUUUUCCCUAGAUUUGCUAUUUAAAUGACAGUGAUGUAACAAAAUCGUUAUGUUAAAAAUUAGUAUGUAUUUUGAAGAAGUUCUGUUAAUACAUUAUGGAUGUGAAAUGGUUCUCUUGAAUGCGAUGCUGUCUUUUGAUUUGCUAAGACUGUGAAAUAAAUACAUGACAUCAUA